UCCCCGGUCAUGGAGAAGUAUCAGGCUCUUGGUCUGGUGGGGGAAGGCAGCUACGGAGUGGUGACUAAAUGCAGAAACAAAGACAGUGGGCAAAUUGUCGCGGUCAAGAAGUUCCUGGAAAGUGAGGAUGAUGCGAUGGUGAAGAAGAUGGCCCUGCGGGAAAUCAAGCUGCUGAAGCAACUCAGGCAUGAAAAUCUCGUGAACCUGCUGGAAGUGUAUAAAAAGAAGAAACGGUGGUAUCUGGUGUUCGAAUUUGUGGAUCACACAGUGCUUGAUGACCUUGAGGCAUUUCCAAAUGGACUAGACUACAGCAGGGUUCGGAAAUACUUAUUUCAGAUUAUAAGAGGAAUAGCAUUUUGUCACAGUCACAAUAUAAUACAUCGGGACAUUAAGCCAGAGAACAUUUUAGUUUCCCAGUCUGGUGUUGUAAAACUAUGUGACUUCGGAUUUGCCCGCACAUUAGGAGCUUCUGAGGAAGCUUACACAGACUAUGUAGCAACCCGAUGGUACAGAGCUCCAGAGCUGCUGGUGGGAGAUAUCAAGUAUGGCAAGGCAGUGGACGUAUGGGCUAUCGGCUGUCUGGUAACAGAAAUGCUCACAGGAGAGCCCUUGUUCCCUGGAGACUCUGACAUUGACCAGCUCUAUCAUAUCACCAAGUGCCUGGGCAAUUUAAUUCCAAGACACCAAGAGCUGUUCUAUAAAAAUCCCCUCUUUGCUGGUGUGAGGUUGCCUGAAGUUAAAGACAUUGAAUCUCUGGAUAGACGAUACCCCAAGCUUUCGGUUGCAGUGCUAGAUCUAGCGAAGAAGUGUUUGCAGAUUGAUCCAGACAAGAGACCAUCCUGUGCUGAACUCUUGCAGUGUGAUUUCUUUAUCAAGGAUGGAUUUGCUGAAAGAUUUGCUCAGGAGCUUAAAUUAAAGAUUCAGAAAGAUGCCAGAGACCAUCAGUUACAAAAAAAAUCAAAAAUCAGUAAAAAGGACAAAGAUGGUUGUUUAGGAGAAGAAAGAAGAAUGCUUGCUCUCCAGGAUUUCAACGUUGACCCAAAGAGCAGAGAGACAAAGCUAUUCAAAGUGAAGCGCUCUAAAGCAGAUGCAGAGAAGACAGAGCGACCGUCCAACCUGAGCACCCUCUAUGGCAGUGCAAUCAACCCAUUUAAAACAGGCCCUCAAACCACCCUGAAAGAUUCUAGCAGCAGCUUGGACUAUACCAAGAACGCAGGCGUAGUCAUUCCUCCUAUUAUCCAGAACCUUUCUGCCACGACGGCCAGUAUGAGGAUGAAUGCCGGGAGAGGUCCUGUGCCUGGGAAUCAUAACUACAGAAUUGAGGAGAAGAGUAAAAAAUACUUGAACCCAUUUCUAAAGCAAGGAAAACAUUCUCCAGCAGGCCAUUACAGUAUAAGCCUAACAUCGGUUUCUAAUGAGAAAACAGUCCUUCAGGCAAAUAAGAAAAAAUGGGAAUUCUCCAAGACAGAUGUGCAUUUGCCAGAAUUAAAUCAUCUCCCUGAACUGAGAGGAAUGGAAGCAUGGAAUCCCAGAUUGCUCAAAAAGGAGAACAAAACAGUUUCAGAGUCCCGUAUCCCCUCCCUCGCUGCCAUUGACCUUCAUAACCCAAGUCUGGCUUCACAGCAGCUGUCGGGGACCUUGAUAUCUGAUGCAUCAGAAGCCAGCUUCCCCAGAGUUGAGCACUAACCUAAAGGAGAAUGGGAUUACACCUGCUGCUCAAACGUGGCUGAAACAAUGGGAACAAUCCA